UCCAUUAAUCUUCUUUGGAUAAACUGACUAAAACUGAGUUUACCUUCGUCAACAAAUCGUGAAUCAGUCGAUCAAAAAUGGAGAUGAUGGAUUGGUUGGUUUCCAUGCCAAAAGUGGAGCUCCAUGCCCAUCUCAAUGGUUCUGUUCGCAAUUCCACUCUCCUAGAACUUGCUAAAGAAUUGGGUGAGAAGGACAUUAUUGUUUUUUCUGAAGUUGAGCAUGUUAUCCUCAAAAAUGAUAGAUCUUUGGCUGAAGUGUUCAAGUUGUUUGAUUUGAUUCACAUUCUUACUACUGAUCAUGCUACUGUCACCAGAAUCACCAAAGAAGUUGUUGAAGACUUUGCUGCUGAGAAUGUUGUCUAUUUGGAAUUGAGAACUACCCCUAAGAGGAAUGAUGCUAGAGGAAUGACCAAAAGGUCUUACAUGGAAGCCGUGAUUGAGGGUUUAAGGAAAGUUGAUGCUGUCGACAUUGAUUUUACCUAUACUGAAGUCAGAUUGGAGAAGAAAGGGAAGUCGUGUGAAAUGGGAAAUGAGUGUGAUGGCAUUUCUAGGAAAAAGAUACAUGUUAGACUUCUCCUCAGCAUUGAUCGACGUGAGACACUUGAAGCCGCGAUGGAAACUGUUAAGUUGGCGUUGGAAUUGAAAGAUUUCGGAGUGGUUGGUAUUGAUCUAUCUGGGAAUCCAAAAGUGGGAGAAUGGACAACAUUUUUGCCAGCUUUGAAAUUUGCCAGAGAACAAGGUCUUUGCGUUACACUGCACUGUGGAGAGGUCCCUAAUCAGGAGGAGAUACAUGGAAUGCUGGACUUUCUUCCUGAGAGGAUUGGUCAUGCCUGUUGCUUGGAAGAAGAUGCAUGGACAAAAUUGAAAAUGUCCAAGAUACCGGUCGAAAUAUGUUUGACAUCUAACAUUCGAACUAAUACAAUCUCCUCCAUCGACGUUCAUCAUUUUGCCGAUUUAUACAAUACAAAACAUCCACUUAUUCUGUGCACUGAUGACACCGGGGUGUUCUCCACCAGUUUGUCUAAAGAAUACGCCGUUGCUGCUGCUGCAUUUGGUCUUGGGAAGAAGGAAUUGUUCCAGCUAGCGAGGAAUGCGGUUGAAUUUUCAUUCGCCCAGGAACAAGUAGCGCGAGAAUUGAAAGAUUUCUUUGAUCUAGUUGAAGAAAGGCUUAGCUUACACUGAUUGAUGAGUUUGUUGUAAGCUUGGAACUACAUAACCAGGCAUAUUAAGGUUUGGUAUGGAUUAUUGAUAUUAUUAUGGAGGCCACCAACUAACAACUAUGCAAGUGUGUUAAUUGGUGUUUCUUUGGCGAUUCUUGCUUGUAUUAUGUACGGAGUAUAGUUCAUUUAUCUAUUUUCCUUUUGUUGACAGAAAUAGAAAUAUGUUUUUGAGGAAAUAACAUUUGUUAUGUAUGUUUAAGAAGAACACACGUAAGAAGAAUUGAAGAUUGAGUUC